AUGGAUAAUUUACAGCCACAAAAAAGAAAUAUAAAAGAAAAAAAUGAAAAUGUGAAUGAUAAAUUAAAUAAUGAAGAAUUAAAAAGAAAAACCAAUUAUAAUGAAUCCAAAUUUAAAAAGUUUUGUGGUUGUACUGAUUUUAUUUUAAAUUUACCUAGUAUUGAUGAAGGUUUAAAAUUUUUGAAACAUGAAAUAGACAAUAGCAUAUUAAAUUUUAAUUAUAAUACAAUGCUUUUAAAUGAGAAAGUUGAAAGACUAAAUGAUGUAGAACGCAAUGUGUCUAUACCGAUGGAUUUACCUUUUUUAUAUUCAUUUAAUUUAGAAAAUAAUGAAGAUAUAAGAAAUUGGAUUAAUGAACAAAAUGUAUGUGAAAAAGAAAAAUAUUCUAAAUUGCUCAAUAAUAUAUUUUUAAAUGAUAAGUUGAAAGAAUUUUCUUCUUGUUUGCCAGUUGUUAAAUCAUUUGAAAAAGAAGAUUUUGAUUUAUUAAGUACGACCAUUCCUAACUAUUUUAAAAGUGUAAGAAAUAAUAUACUAGCAAAUGAAGAAAAAAAAAGUAGAGAAAUUGAUAAAAUUGCUAGUAAUGUAUAUGAUAAAUCAAUAGAUAACAUAAAUACAAAAAACGUAAGAAAACGAAUUCUUUAUAAUCAAUAUUUUGAACAUCCUUUAAAAAAAUAUUUAAAAAUUAAAAAAGUUUAUCCUGUAGUCCCAUAUAUAUCAGUAUGGAAAAAUAGGUAUAUACAAGGUAUAAUGGAAAUUGAAAAUAAUAAUCAAAAUAAUGAAAAUAAAAAAUGCAGUCAUCAAAAUGAUAAUAAAAAAAAAAUAAUAAAUAAAGGAUUAUACGGUCUUUUGUAUUUAAUAGAGAAAAGUAGAGAUAAGCAUAUGUAUAGUUUGUAUAAAGAUCAUGACAUAAACAAUAUGAAUUACCUCUUAAAGAAUUUGAAAAAUAGAGAUGAUAACGAGAAAAAAGAAAAUAUUGAUGAUAAAAAAAAUAUCCUCAAAGAAGAAAAUAGUAAUAAUUUAGAAAACAGUGAUAAUGAAAAGAGCAUUGGAAAUAUUAAGAAUAGAAAUUUACAACCAAAUGAAAAUAAUAAUAAUAAUAGUAAUAAAACAAAAAAAAAAAUUAGUUUAAGUAAAUUUUUAAUAAAAAAGCAUAUUUUGAAAUUAAAGAAGUUAGAAAAAUUAAAAAAUAAUCUUUCAAAAGAAAUGAAAAAAUCAUAUACAAUAGAUAACAAAGAAGAAUUUUCCAAUACAAAAAAAAAAACUUUUAUGAGAUUAUCAUCACAAAUAAAUGAAAAAUCAGCAUUUAAUGAAGCGUUUAAGUAUCAGCAAAUGGAAAAAUAUUCAGAUGAAGAUAAUGAAAAACCUGAAAUGAAAAAUGAAAAAAGUUUUCCUAAUAUGGAAAGUUCAAUUAAUAAAAAUUUACUUGAUGAAAAUGUACGGCUUUUCAAGUAUGUAAGAGAUUAUAAGUCUCCCUCUUUUAUGUUAAAUAAAAACGAUACAUUAUCAUAUGCUAUAGGUUUUUCAGAAAAAAAAUUAGCUUUUAUAUUUCCUACACUAUCUAAAAAAAUUAUUUUCUCUAAAACUGGCCACCAAAAAAGAAAAAAUUAUAUUUUAUUAAAAGAAUAA